AUGCUUCUGCCUGUCUGGACGAUCUUCUUCCGCAAGCGGCGGCCGGAAGUAAACCAAAACAAGGUUUGCGCCGGCGCGCUUUCUGUGGGCCUUGCCGCGCCGCUGCUCCUUUGGUCCUUGCGGGGUUGGUUACCAACCCCGUGGGACUUCAUGGUUUACUUUGUCUUUGUGGCAGGCAGCUUUACAGGACAGACUUACUGGAGAUCGAUGGCGCUCUGCUGGAUUGUCGAUGAAGACUGCCAUGCCAAAGAAGGGCGCCGGCGUGAGGCUGUGUUUGUGGGCUGUGUGUCGUUGGCAUCCUCGGUUGGCCGAGCUGCAGCCGCCGGCGUGCUGCUGAAUGCACUCUCGGCCUCUGGUCUGGAGGUCUCCAACUGUGCUGAGCUUUGCCGCGACAGCAACGAGCAGGGACUUUGUCGCAACUGGGCUGCCGGGGUGUGCACGUAG